AUGGAUGUGAAAUUGUUAUUUUUGUUAAUAUUUGUGAAUUUUAAUUUAGCUUGGAGUGGGAAACAUGAUCUUUAUGAGGGGUGUUCAGUAUAUGGGCUGGUUCUACGCGACACUGAAGAUCUUCGAAUCCUGUCAAAUCUAGAGGUUGACCUUGAUCUGGAUAUCUGGCGGCGUGGCAUGCCCGGGGUGAGGGAUGCUAUCGUAAUGACGACCCCAAACAAUAGACAAUUGUUUUUUGAAGAAAUUGAUAAACAUGGCAUUGAAUAUUAUGGAAAAAUUAAUGAUGUUGUUGAGGUACUGGAGAAACACGAGGAAGAAGUGACUAGCUACAAAAUGCAAAGAAAUAAAGCUUUGCCUUUUAAUGACUAUCCUACGUAUGCCCAGGUCAAUGAAUAUUUAGAAAGAAUUGCUAGUGAAAAUCCAGAUAUUGUUACCUUAGUGAACGCUGGACCUAGUUUUGAAGAGAGAGACGUCAAGUAUUUAAAGAUAUCAACGUCAAAUUUCACAGAUCCCAAUAAACCUAUUUACUUUAUGGAUGCUACGAUACACGCGAGAGAGUGGGUGACGACACCUGUCGCACUCUACUCCAUACACCGACUGGUUGAAGACUUAAGGGGUGAAGAAAGAGAUCUACUGGAUGAUAUAGAUUGGAUUAUUAUGCCAAUCGUUAAUCCAGAUGGUUAUGAAUAUUCCCACACUACUGAUCGUCUCUGGCGCCGCACUCGUUCCUAUCGCCCAGAGCUCAACGCAACGUGCUACGGCGUCGACGGUAACCGGAAUUUUGACGUCAAUUUCAAUACAGUUGGCGUUUCUUCAGAUCCCUGUUCAGACGUUUAUCCUGGCCCCGAGGCCUUCUCUGAACCCGAGACGGGAUAUGUUAGAGAUAUAUUGCUAGAGAAUGACAGAAUUCAGAUAUAUUUAAACAUACAUAGUUACGGCAAUUAUAUUUUAUAUGGCUUCGGGAAUGCCACCCUUCCAGAAAAUGUUGCUCGAAUACAUCAGGUGGGGGCGUCUAUGGGAGCUCAUAUAGAUGUAAAGAAACUUUCGAAGGCAAACUACUACGCUGUGGGAAAUAGUAACCUAGUGCUGUAUCAUAGUUCUGGAAGCGCUCAGGAUUAUGGACAGAUGAUCGUUCCAUUCUCCUACACCCUGGAACUUCCUGGCUACGAGUAUGGCUUCCUGGUGGAACCAGAGUAUAUAGAGCAGAUUAAUGUGGAGACCUGGGCUGGUAUUGUGGAGUCAGCUCGAAUGAUUAAGCUAUUUUAUAACGAAAGGCUUAACAAGUAG